AUGAGCGGGGGUCGCUUUGACUUUGACGAUGGCGGGGCGUACUGCGGGGGCUGGGAGGGGGGCAAGGCGCACGGCCACGGCCUGUGCACCGGCCCCAAGGGCCAGGGCGAGUACUCGGGCUCCUGGAACUUCGGCUUUGAAGUGGCGGGCGUCUACACCUGGCCCAGCGGGAACACCUUCGAGGGCUACUGGAGCCAGGGCAAGAGGCACGGGCUGGGCAUAGAGACCAAGGGGCGCUGGCUCUACAAGGGCGAGUGGACGCACGGCUUCAAGGGGCGCUACGGCACGCGGCAGAGCUCCAGCAGCGGUGCCAAGUACGAGGGCACCUGGAACAACGGCCUGCAGGACGGCUAUGGCACGGAGACCUAUGCGGACGGAGGGACCUACCAGGGCCAGUUCACCAACGGCAUGCGGCACGGCUACGGCGUGCGGCAGAGCGUCCCCUACGGGCUGGCGGUGGUGGUGCGCUCGCCGCUGCGCACGUCGCUGUCGUCGCUGCGCAGCGAGCACAGCAACGGCACGCUGGGCCCCGACUCGCCGGGAUCUUUGCCAUAUGAGAACCUGCCCUCUCCUCUGGAGGACAUUGUGCGCCAGAUUGAGGCUGGAGGUUUUGGAGUCCACCAUGGAGAUAAAGUGCCCUUCCCACUAUAUCAUACUGGGUACACGAAAUCCAAGUGA